UGGGCAGGCUUCACAGGGGCACCUCAGCCAGUGCCAGUGCAGAGGCCACCAUGGCAGGGCCUGUGAGUGGUGCCAGCCCUGGGCACCUUCCAGGGACAACCUUGGUCUUAUGCUUAGACUAGGAAAUGAUGGGGCAAUAUUGAGUUGGGAGAAGAAAACACCCCCUUAGAAGGGUGAUAGGCAGACAGCAGGGAAGAGUGUGGGCUGGACUCUGGGCAGGACACACCCUUGGGCCAGCAGGAGGGUAGCUUGGUCAGCUGCUCUCACCACUGCAGUGCCUGAAGCUGUCCCGAGCUCACACUUGGUGAACGGUGGCCCUUUCCAGAGUCUGAGCAUCUCAAGAUCUUACCCUUGGACUUAAAGCAAGGAUGCGGGAAAUCGUGCACAUUCAGAUUGGCCAGUGUGGCAACCAGAUCGGAGCUAAGUUCUGGGAGAUGAUCGGCGAGGAGCACAGCAUCGACUGCAUGGGGAAUGAGCACGGGGCCUCCGCCCUGCAGCUGGAGCGAGUCAGCGUGUAUUACAACGAAGCCUACGGUAAAAAGUAUGUGCCCCGAGCCGUGCUGGUGGACCUAGAGCCUGGGACAAUGGACAGCAUCCGGUCCAGCAAGUUGGGAGCCCUCUUCCAACCCGACAGUUUUGUCCAUGGUAACUCUGGGGCUGGCAACAACUGGGCAAAGGGCCAUUACACUGAGGGCGCUGAGCUGAUAGAAACUGUCAUGGACGUGGUGAGGAGUGAGAGUGAGAACUGCGACUGCCUGCAAGGCUUCCAGAUUGUCCACUCCCUGGGCGGGGGCACAGGCUCAGGCAUGGGCACUCUGCUCAUGAACAAGAUCAGAGAGGAGUACCCCGACCGCAUCCUCAACUCCUUCAGCGUCAUGCCUUCGCCCAAGGUGUCCGACACGGUGGUGGAGCCCUACAAUGCUGUGCUGUCCAUCCACCAGCUGAUUGAGAACACAGACGCCUGCUUCUGCAUCGACAAUGAGGCGCUCUACGACAUCUGUUUCCGAACCCUGAAGCUGACGACGCCCACCUACAGGGAUCUCAACCACCUGGUGUCCUUAACCAUGAGCGGCAUCACCACCUCGCUGCGAUUCCCUGGCCAGCUCAACGCAGACCUGCGCAAGCUGGCGGUGAACAUGGUGCCCUUCCCUCGCCUGCACUUCUUCAUGCCUGGCUUUGCUCCACUCACAGCCCAGGGCAGCCAGCAGUACCGCGCCCUCUCUGUGGCUGAGCUCACCCAGCAGAUGUUUGAUGCCCGCAACACCAUGGCUGCCUGUGACCCACGCCGCGGCCGUUAUCUGACUGUGGCCUGCAUCUUCCGGGGGAAGAUGUCCACCAAAGAAGUGGAUCAACAGUUGCUGUCUGUGCAGAGGAGGAACAGCAGCUGCUUUGUGGAGUGGAUUCCUCACAAUGUCAAGGUGGCUGUGUGUGACAUCCCACCCCGCGGGCUGAACAUGGCGGCCACCUUCAUAGGCAACAACACAGCCAUCCAAGAGCUCUUCAGCAGGGUUUCUGAGCACUUCUCAGCCAUGUUCAAAAGGAGAGCUUUUGUCCACUGGUACACCAGCGAAGGGAUGGACGUAAGUGAAUUCGGGGAAGCCGAAAGGAACAUCCAUGAUUUGGUGUCUGAGUAUCAACAAUUUCAAGAUGCCAAAGCGGUUCUGGAGGAAAACGAAGAGGUCGUGGAGGAGGUGGAUAUGGGAGAAGAUAAGGAGCCUGAGCCGUGAGGGUCACCCGGAUUUGUCUGUCCUCAGCCCUGGGGCCUGCUGUGUGCUGUGGCUCUGCUGAGGGGGGCACUGGGGAAGGGUGGGAUGGCUGAUGGCAAUGGGGUCCCUGGCCAGUACUAACCACACUGCUUUGAUAUGCAACGCGCACCCGUGCACUUCACUCUGUAACAGCAAAGAGGGCUAUGAAACACUGCCUUUGACCCCGAGUAUUACCCAGGACUGACUGCAUGCCCAGCCCCAUGCUGCCCCAGGGUCUGGCCUGAUGAGCAGGUCUGCAGAGAGCUGCUCAGUUGAUGUCCACCUUCAUCAGCAGCACUGAUGGGGAUCAGGCACGCUUGGGCUGCCAGGUCUCUUACAUCUACCUCUUUCUCUUCUCACACUUUGCCAGAGCCUGCCUUCCUCUGCCUGCAGCCUCCAGAAAAGCCAGAUGACGGGCCAGCAUGAGGGAGCUGCAGGGCUGAGGGAAAGGAGGGCCAGGGUCCCUCAGUCACCAGUGUAGACCCUGGGUACCCCUCAGUGCACUAACUGCAGGCGUCAGGGAAGAGAGGAAGGCCAGAGCCUUCUCCACAGAAAUCCCUGGCCAAGACACAAAAAGCAAGAGAAGACAGACAAAACUGAGUAAUUCCAAUUCACUGAAAAAUCCUCUGAGAAACCAUUUUCAGAAUAUAUAUUUUUAUAUUUUAAUUUCUUGCUAGAAUUAGAUUCUAGAGAUUCAUUAAUAAUCAUCUUUGGUUUUCCUUUUAAAGGUGAUUUGGAAAUGUUCACUUUCUGUUCAGCAGCCGUUGCCCUCCCAUCCCGCCAUGCUCCAUAGCCUCUAAGCCCUCUGAGAAAGGGCACAUUACACACUCAGCAACCACUCUAACAGGAAUCAGGCAGAAACGGCUGCAGUGCCCUUCUUGGUGACAGAGGGCAUCAUCUCAUUAGGGAACUUUUAAAGUUCAAAUUAAUUGGCACAAGUUGCCAUAAAUGUUUGCAUGAUGACACAGCUUUGACUAUUACAUGAUUUUAAUCUGCUCACAUUACAACAGGACCAAAUACACAAGAGCAUAAUCAAAUCAUCCAUAACUUCUUCAUUAAGGUUCACCUAUUUACGACCUGCAGCACAGCUCCCACCAUUUGUAGUACCAGGUCGGGAUGGCCCUUCUAGAACGACCACUGUGUGAUCCUACCAGAUCGUGGAUAACGAGUACUGGGAAAACACUGCCCCUCACUUCUGAAAUACUUACUUGCAGGUAACUAGGGUCUCAUGUCCUGAUUUGCUUUUGUAAUCGGCAAUAAUAAAGGAACAGGUAGAUGGCGAGGUGCUCAUUCUGAAAACCUUCUCUCUUUUCACAUGAGAUCAUGAGGAAAUAACAGAUGCACAUCGAGAGAAUUAGGACUUGCUGCGGGUCUCACUGACAAGCUUUCUAUUUACCAAAUUAAACAAGCACAAAAUAACGUUUUAAACACUAUUUGUGUGUGGUUCAAGAAGCACUAGAUUUAGUAAGAAACUGCAUCUAUGCACUUAAUUGAAAUAACUUCCUUAGGUGCUAAAAAGACAAUCUGUGAUUAGGUAAGAAUUUAUACGUAUGGUUUCUCUGGCACUUUCUCAAAUUUAAAAAGGCAAUGAAAUAGAUGCAAGCAAAGAUAUAGACUUAAAUCUUCCAAAAAAAAAUUAUGCUGAUUUAUAUUACUGUGAAGACUUGUUUGCUCAAUAGUAAUCAUUAAAGUACAAAGAAAUUCAAUUUUAAAUGGCUAAAUUGCUUUAUUUCAGACUAAAUUCCUUCUCGGAACCUAACUACCCAGACUGAUUAAUUUUAGUUAAAAAUAUUUCAAAAUGCAUCUCACCAUCCUACUCUUUUGUGUGGUACAAAUAGAUUAAAACAACAGACUAGAAGCCCAGACAACUCUCUCCCUGAUUUUGAAGAGCUUAUUCCUUUAGCGGUAUGGUUGCUAUGGUGACACUGGUCUCUGAGAGACUGGGAGAGGAUUAUGGAGUUUGAGAGUUUGUCCAAUUCCUUCAUUCCACACACAAGGAUGCUACAUGAAGAGAAAGAUUAACUGACUCUUAACCAAAAUCCUCCUAGUUAGCAAAAUGUCCACAAUUCAGUGAUUGGGGUCUUCUUAUUGUGUAGUUGUCCUGCAUGUUUCUGAGGUGCCAGUUGCAGUUUAUUUCAUCACAGUAUUAGUUCAGGAUUUUUUUUAAAACCUCAAAGAAUCUUUGGUGGAUAGUAAAUUUUGUCUUUUAUUCAGUUACUUUAAUCCUUUUCAUAACGCAAGCACUGUCCCUAAGUCUCACCUCUAAUUAUCCCAUCUGCUUCCCUAAUAAAUGACUUAUCUCAAAUUACUUGCUUGGAAAUAAUUUAUCCCUUUGCCCAUUAGUUACUUUAUUUAUUCCUAUCCUUUGUAAUGGACAAUAUUUUCUAGUACCUCAAUCUUGGGAACUGUAGCUGAACUCGGGUGCUUUAGCUUGCGAGCAGGAUGGCAGGCCGUGACAAGGUGACUCUGGGCUCUCCUGACUUGCUGCUGUCCAGCAAACUGGCCCCCUCGCGCCCCGUACUGAGAAUUCAGUGAAACCUGUAGAUCAAGUGUUGGGGGCUGGAGUCAUCCCGAGAGACUGAGAACAAAGACAUUUUCCUCAGCCUCAUCCUCAGCCCUGAUGAAUUAUUGUCAGCUUAAGUACCAUGGAAAGAACUGGCUCUAGAAUUGUUCAAAAAUUCCUGUUUCAUUUCUCCUUCUCUAAAAAGUUAAAAUGUGCAAUUAACUUUGCAAUAUUUUACUUAGCCAAAAGGUUCCAAGUUUAAAAAGUAAAACCAAAAUCACUUGCAACAAUUUUUCAUCCUUAAUGAGUAACCAUUAAAAUAUCACAAAACUGUUCUAAUCAUUGUGCUCCAGACCUGCAAACAUCUCAGAUUUUAACUCAGCCAUCAACUCAAUAAACAAGGUGUUCAACAGCUUUGCCUCAUUUCCUAUGAGAAAUGCUACCAGGAAAUACAUUCAUCUGUAAGUCAACAUGACAAGCACUUUGUGCAUAAAUUCUAAUGUUAAUAGUUCUUUUCUAUAGGUUUCAGUUGCACAAAAACAAAAAGUGCUAUGAUUGCUAAAUUUAAUUUAGCAGUUAUCCUUUAAUGUAAGCUUUUAGUAAUUAUUCUCAUUUAGGUUACUGGCUAAGCAGCACUACUUAGAGGAAGAUAACGACAGAACUAUUCUAAUGUGACUCUGCAAUUCAAAGAUUAGGGACAACAAAGCCUCAGUGAUAUUGUCUAAUUUUGAUCAUCAACUAUUAUCAAGAGAAACAGAAUCUUCUAUUUUGAGAUAUUUAAAGAAUGUUUUCUGUAUCUUUUUGGUCACUAAAUAUCCCAUGUCUUUCCCUCCUUUUCUAAGCCGUGCCUCAUAUAGUUCGAAUCAUGAAGUUUUGCAGGUAACUUCUAUAAAGAAAAGGUCCCAACAGAAAACAAAAGCUACCAGUAGCAGUGAACCACAUAUCAGUUUAUUGGCAUCAUUAAUUUAUGAACAAGUUAGGUAUUUUUCCCUCCACAAAGUGACACUGCUU